UAGAAUUAGAGCGACCCACGCGACUGUUGCGGACGUUGGCACCUUCCGUCUUACACACGAGGCCGAACUCUGGCCCAUUGGGCACGCAAAUUAGUGCUUCCCAUGUCGGUCGUCAAAUUACGCAACGGAUGCUGGACGGGAGCCCAAGCCGGCACGGGGGCCGCUUGCGCAACACCGCACGUCCUGCCAGCUCCCCGGCGACCGCCAGCCGGCGCCUUCCCAGCGUUGACCCCGGCGCGCUGCCCGCACGCCGUGCCCUGCAGAAGCAGCCUCCAUGAAGCUUCCUGCUCCCCCCUUGCGUCCGGGCCCUGGUUACCCAGCCGGCAAGGGCUACACCACCACCACCACGCCGCCGCCCGCCAGGUGUCAGCGAACAGCAGCACUGGCCGGGAGCCGGAGCCCGCCACCUCCAGCACCUCCUCUCCCGCCACAGCCGCGCCCACGCUGCCACUACGCAGUGCCGCAUCCGGGGACGCCACGGAUUCUGAGUCCAACAGCCCCGGCCCCAGCACCCCCUCCGCCCCGGGGCCGCGGCAGGUACCCACCGUGGAUGCAGUAUUCCCCACGCGGUACGGCACACGCUUCCGCGUGCGGCCGUACAGCAACAACGAGUACGGCUCCAUCAUUGACUUGCAGUCAGAGGCCUUCCACACGCUCAACCCGGUGCCCUUCCUGAAUGACUUCACCUACAAGCGCUUCCGGGCCGAGGUGGUGGAUGCGUUGAAGCAGAAGACCAAAUACUCGGACCCCUCCGUCUUCCAGCUCCUCGUGGCGUUGGAGCAGGAGCCGGAGCAGGAGCCAUCAGGCAGCAGCAGCAGCAGCAGCAGCAACAACGGCGAUGGCAGUAGCAACGGCAACAGCAGCAGCAGCAGCAGCAGUGCCAAGGUGGUGGGGGUGGUGGAGGUGUCCCUGAUGGAGGAGCGGGGGGUGCUGGGGUGCCUGCCGCCCGGCACGCGCGAGUACGCCUACGUCAGCAGCAUGUGUGUGGCGCCCACCGCCAGGCGGCGAGGCGUGGCGCAGGCGCUCAUGAGCGCGGCGGAGGAGCAGGCGCGGCUGUGGGGUCAGCAGCAGCUGGCGCUGCACGUGUACCGCGACAACACGCCCGCGGUGCAGCUGUACGGCGGCUGGGGCAUGGCCGUACUCAACACCGACCCCGACUGGAAGGCCUGGUUCGGAGACCGCGUGCGGCUGCUCAUGCACAAGCGGUUGGCGUAGCGUGUGUUGGGUGCGGUUGGUGGUCGUUGUGUCGUUGGUUGGUCUCGAAGUCCAGAGGCAGAGGGGUGCAGGAGCAGGGGCAGGGGCAAGGGCAGGGGCAGAUGGGGCGGGCAGGGCCUGCGGGCAGGGGUAGCACCCCGCUAGGCAGUUGGGCAUGUGCAUGGACAUUGGAGCUUUGGCGAGCUGUACUGGUGAUGCGGAUGGUGGUAGCGGUGAAGGCGCCAGGUAGAACUCGAGUAGGUAAGAAGUGCAAAUGGCGUGCGGGAGAGAAAGGGUUGCACAGCAGCCUGCGUGCGGCUGCAGGGAUAGGGGGGUUCUUGUGUUUGUUCCGUAGACUGCCGUUUGUGGUGUUGGUCGGCUGCUGCGUGCGACGCAUGGCAGCAGGCCGGGCUGGCCAGCAGCAUUUGAACGGGGCCGCAGGGGCGCAGGCUGCGCUGCAACAAAUGAAUGGCAUGCAAGUCAGAACUCCGUGACAACGGCUAAGCAACAUUGCAAGAGACUGUGAGAGAGACUGCGUGAGAGAGUGUCUGGUAAUUCGGCCCUGAUGAGGAAGGUUUCCGUGGAGCACACUGCGCCUGGCAAAUGUUGCGCCAACAUCCACGCGUCCUGUUACACUGGGUCACUGGCGCCUCUCCCCCGCGUCGC